AUGGCCAAAACAAAGACAACCACCUCAAUCAACGAAAAGAUCCCUCGUCCUAUGAACUGCUUCUUGGCCUUCCGCCUUGAAAAGCAAAACGAAAUCGUGAAUCGUGUUCCCAACGCCAACCACCGUGAUAUCUCCAAGAUCCUUGCCAAGUGGUGGAAAGAGAUUCCCGACAGCGAAAAGGAGACUUACCGCGAACGCGCCCGUCUCGCCAAGAUUGAACACGCCAAAAAGUACCCCAACUACAAGUAUCAGCCGCAAAAGCGAAAUGGCCGCAAGACGCGCAAAUAUGUCCGCCGCCCAACGAACAAGUUCACCUCGCGCGACGAAGAAAACAACCGAAUGAUGGAACUGUUCUAUAAAAACCCCCAAAUGCUUUCACAAGGGACACCUGCAUCUGUUCCAUCAACGGCAGUCUCUUUUACUACUGCGAUGCGUGUGUCACCUGCCAAUUCCAGCCAUGCAUCAUCCCCAGCCAUCAGUGACGAUCACACUUCCGAUUCUGCCGACGACUACGACUAUUCCAGAAUCAGCUCUCCACAAUCGUUCUCUUCGUGCAGCAACAUGGGCUCACCACUACCUGAUGCCUACGCUUAUGGCAGUAAUCACUACUAUAACGCUAUCGCUGCUUCCGCCUCCGGUGCUCUCGACACCGGUGCUAUUCCCACCUGCAGCAUUGGCCAGCCAGAAGAUUAUGCCAUCAUGACGGCGAGCACUGCCGAAUAUACCAACAUGCUCGUUGGCGAAUCCUACUACGAGAACAACUUGUGCGAUGUUUCGCUUAUGGAGCAACAACACCAACAGCAGCAGAUCAAGCCACAGGAUUACAAUUCCAACAUGCUCCUCGUCCAACCCGCCUACCCAGCGAUCCUCGAAGAGAGCCUAGCUACCGAUUAUACGUUGACUUAUCCAGUACAGGGCGCUGCCGACAACAGCUUACUCCAGCAGCAAGAACAGUUCGGCGUCAUUGACGAACUCAGCUUCAUGAAUGCUCUCUGUGAAUCUUUAGACACUUGCAUUGACCCCCGUCUUUUGCAAAAUGAACAGCAACAGCAAUACUCACUUGACUGGCCCCAUCACCAGUUUUCACUUUCUCAUCAGUAAAAAGGAUCCUACGACAUCAUCAGCUUAUUUUUUAUAAUAUCUUUCUACAAUCAAACCGCUACAACCCACUUCUUUUACUACUACUAUUACUACCGCUACUACUUCUACUAC